AGAUAUUCGAAUGGUAAUAAAUUAUAUUCUCUAUGGUUGUAAUGAUAAGUUUUAUCGUAUUACUUACAUUUAUACCGUUUAUUCGAUCACAACUUACCACCAAGGAAUUGGAAGAGGAAAAUGCUCAAGACAUGGAAAGAUGAAUAUGCUGUUUGGGAGCCAAGUGAACAUAAUGGUGUUCGAAUGACAAUGGUCAAGCAAUGGGAGAUUUGGACACCAGAAUUGAAAAUUACAAAUAGUGUAUCUGGUGUGGGACAAUUUUUCGAAAUUUCAAAACGAUCUCAUGUUAUCAUACAUUCCAAUGGAAAAAGUUGGAGUCGAAUUGAAAUUUAUCCAACAUUUUCCAUAAAAAUUGGCUGUAAAUUUGAUUAUUCCGCAUUUCCAUUUGAUACGCAAAUAUGUGGCCUUGGAAUUUACACAACAAAUCGGAUGAGUGAAGUUCAGCUUUCGGUUUAUUACAAUAUGCAACCUACCGUAUUACUUGGUUGGGGUAAUCAAUCAAAUAAAAAACAUAUCAGUGAUUGGAUGAUUGAUACGGUAACAAUGAAUGUUAGUUAUUUUAAUGGUGGUAAAUAUAAAGCUGAAAAGCCAACUGAUCCGGAAGAACUGGAUGUUUCUUGGUCAAUCUUAUACGCAUGGUUAACCUUACAUCGGAAUGCAACGUCCUUUACCUUAACAUUACUGUUACCAACAUUGGUGUCAUAUAUGUUUGUCAUUUGUUCAUUCCUUCUAGCAGCACCUGAUUCAGCUAUUUAUAUCUUACUUUCUAAUUUAAUCUUUCUUGGUGUAUUUUUUGAAGAUCUUGCAAUAAUGAUUCCACCAGCUAUUGGAAAAUUACCCAAAAUUG